AUGGGAUGUGGAAUUCAGCUUUCCACUGCUUAUGUAGGUCGCGACCCCACAGAGAAGCCUCAGCCCGAGUCUGCCCAAGGGCUACUGGGGACAGUGACUAAGACAGAUCCUGCCCCAUGGGCCCACCGCCCCCCAACCCGGCAAGGAGGAGAAGAGGAGGAGGAGGAGGAGGAGGAGGAGGAACCGGUGCCUGAGACUCCCAGCCCCACCCAGGAGCACAGGCAGAAGCCUGUGGUGCACCCCUCGGCCCCUGUCCCCCUUCCCAAGGAUUACGCCUUUACCUUCUUCGACCCCAAUGACCCUGCGUGCCAGGAGAUUCUGUUCGACCCCCAGACCAUCAUCCCCGAACUGUUUGCCAUUGUGCGCCAGUGGGUACCCCAAGUCCAACACAAGAUCGAUGUCAUUGGCAAUGAGAUUUUGCGCUGUGGCUGCCACAUGAACGAUCCCGAUGGACUGACGGACAUGACACUCCUCCACUAUGCAUGCAAGGCGGGGGCCCACAGAGUCGGGGACCCAGCCUCAGCUGUGUGCCUGUCCCAGCAGUUGUUGGCACUGGGCAACAGCGUGACCCUACGCAGCCGUUGGACCGACCUUGUGCAUGUGCAUUCCACAUGCAGCGACUUCAACUACGGCUCAUCCCUGCACAUCGCAGCUUCCAACCUGUGCCUGGGAGCUGCCGAGUGUUUGCUGGAGCUCGGUGCCAACCCAGCGCUGCAGAACCUAAAGGGACAGGUGCUGGCAGAGGUGGUUCUGGACCCCACGGGCAUGUCUCUGGACAAGGCCGAGGCAGCACUGGUGGCCAAGGAGCUGCAGAUGCUGCUGGAAGAGGCCGUGCCACUCUCCUGCGCCCUCCCCAAGGUCAUACUCCCCAACUAUGACAACGUCCCUGGCAAUCUCAUGCUCAGCGCACUGGGUCUGCACCUGGGAGACCGAGUACUCCUGGAUGGCCAGAAGACGGGCACACUGCAGUUCUGUGGGACCUCUGAGUUUGACAGCUGCCAGUGGGUAGGCGAGGAGCUGGAUGAACCGGAGGGCAAGAACGUUGGCAGCGUUGGGGGAGUCCGCUACUUCAUCUGCCCCCCAAAACAGGGUCUCUUUGCCUCUGUGUCCAAAAUCUCCAAAGCAGUGGAUGCGCCCCCCUCAUCUUUCACCUCGGACCCCCGAAUGGACGUCUCCCGUGUUACUGGCAAAGGACGCAGAGAACAUAAAGGCAAGAAGAAGCCACCCUCAUCCAAUUCCCUGGGCAGUCUGCAGCAGCGUGAUGGGGCCAAGGCUGUGGUCAAAGACCAAGUACUCGUUGCAGGCCAGAAGUAGGGGGUUGUGCGCUUCUAUGGGAAGACAGACUUUGCUCCAGGUUACUGGUAUGGCAUUGAGCUUGAACAGCCUACAGGCAAGCAUGAUGGCUCUGUCUUUGGUGUCCUGUACUUCACCUGCCCGCCAGGGCAUGGAGUCUUUGCGCCAGCAUCGCGAAUUCAGAAAAUUGGUGGAUCCACUGACCCCACUGGGGACGAUGUGGGAGCCAAAAAAGUGCACCAGGUGACAAUGACACAGCCCAAACGCACCUUCACGACAGUACGGACCCUAAAGGACAUCACCUCAGAGAACUCCAUCUCCAGGUUGCUCUUCUGCUGCUGGUUUCCCUGGAUGCUGAGGGCAGAGAUGCAGUCUUAGAGGCCCGAGCUUGCCCACAAAGAGCCCCCUCCAGCGUCUCCUGACACAAGAUGCUCCUACGUCACCCCAAGAUAGAUUCCCAGUAAUACAUCUAGAAU